AUGCGCAGCAACCGGGUCUUGGCACUGGGCUUUGCCGCUCUCAACGGCGCACAGGCUCAAGUGACAGGACAGAAGAUCAAGACCCGACUAUGGACAAGGAAGCUGCUGCAGUCCGUGAAAACCCAUUACCGCUCCUCUUUUGAUAGGAUCAAGAUCUCCGGUUCACGCUGGGACCCUGCACGUCUCAAAGAGGAGAUCAAGGGAUGUGGCGCCGUAUCAGAUUGGGAGAAGAGUGGCACCAAGCCGGCGUGGAAUACCGGGAACUGGUGGUCCCUGACUGCAUCGGAGGGCAUGUUGAUACGAUUAUCUCGUCCACUUUCUACGGAGCGUGUUGGCCUAAGGCGGAAGUGA